UUGCUGCACGGUUGUGUUUAUGGAAUUCCUAUUCACUUCCUUGUAGAAUUCAGACCAUAGCCGAACAUCCAUAAGCGAAGUAAUUUUCGCAGCUGGUAGUUAAUAAAUGUUAAUGUACCAUCAAGGUUUAUAGCUGACAAUGAUUCCUUACACUGUCAACAUCAAACUCGCUGCUCGGACGCUGACUGGCACGCUUAAUUUGCAGAAUAAAACAGCCGUGGACUGGGGAUGGCAGGGGCUAAUAGCACAAGGAUGUCACUCAAGUAUUCUUAUAAUGGAUCCAAAGACUGCUCAGACCAUCCAGGUCCUUGAGAGGCACAAAGCAAAUGUUGUCAAGGUGAAAUGGUCAAGAGAAAAUUACUACCACAACUUGAGCUCUCCCUACUGUCUGCGGCUCGCCUCAGGAGACGCAUCUGGGAAGAUCAUAGUGUGGGACGUGGUCAGUGGGACAGCUCACUGCGAGAUCCAGGAGCAUUCCAAACCUAUUCAGGAUUUGGAGUGGUUGUGGAAUCAGGAUGCGUCCCGUGACCUGCUGUUAGCCGUUCAUCCUCCUAACUACAUCGUUCUGUGGAAUGGAGACACAGGAACCAAGCUGUGGAAGAAGAGCUACGCUGAGAAUAUCCUCUCCUUUUCCUUCGACCCUUUUGAUCCGUCCAACAUGGCAUUGCUGACCAGCGAAGGAAUCGUUUUCAUCACAGAUUUUUCCUAUUCCAAACCACCCAGCAGUGCUGGGAAAAAGGUGUACAUUGCCAGUCCUCAUGCAAGCCCAGCACACACCAAGCCUGCACCUGCUGCUGCUCCUGCACCCACGGGUGCCAAGAAAGCCCUUAAUAAAGUCAAAGUGCUCAUCACCAAUGAAAAACCCACUGCAGAGGCGGUGACGCUGAACGACUGUCUGCAGCUCUCUUACCUGCCGUCCAAAAGGAACCACAUGCUGCUGCUUUAUCCCAGAGAGAUUUUAAUCCUGGACCUGGAGCUCAGCCAGACUGUGGGCGUGGUGGCCAUUGAGCGCUCGGGGGUCCCCUUUACCCAGGUAAUUCCCUGCACUCAGCGCGACGCCCUCUACUGUCUGCAUGAGAACGGUUGCAUCACGUUGCGGGUGUGCCGCUCAACAUCUGCACAAGAGGAAGCAGCAGACCCAGAACAGAGUGUCCAGGAGCUUGUUUAUGACCUGCGCUCCCAGUGCGAUGCCAUAAGAGUCACUAAGACGGUCCGGCCGUACCGGAUGGUUAUUUGCCCUGUGAACGAGAACAAAGCUGCCCUCAUGGUCAGCGAUGGAAGAGUCAUGCUCUGGGAGCUGAAAGCGCACACUGGGCGGUCGGUUGUCAAUCCAAGUUCUGGUUUGUCGCCUCUCUACUCCCCCGUGUCGUUUUGUGGAGCUCCUCUGGGUCCAAACCAGAAAAGAAUCCAGGAUCUGUCUCUCAACAGCAUGAUCAGUCAGACGCUGAUUGCUGGUGAGGCUCCUCCUCCAUCUUCUAACCAGCAGGAGGUCCAGCUGAAGUUCCUGCUCACCGGCCUCCUGUCUGGUCUGCCGCUUCCUCCGUUUGCCAUCCGCAUGUGUCCACCUCUCACCACCAAGAACAUCAGCCACUAUCAGCCUCUUCUGGCGGCAGGCACCAGCAAUGGGUCUGUACUGGUGUACAACCUGACCAGUGGUCUUCUGCACAAAGAACUCAGUGUACACUCUUGUGAAGUCAGGGGGCUCGAAUGGGUGAGUCUGACCAGCUUUCUAUCUUUUGCCACUUCUUCCCCCAACAACAUGGGCCUGGUGCGAAACGAGCUGCAGCAUGUUGACCUUCCUACUGGCCGAUGCUUUGCAUUCAGAGGUGAGCGAGGGAACGAUGAGCCGCCCAUCGAAAUGAUUAAAGUGUCUCAUCUCAAGCAGUACCUGGUGGUGGUGUUCAGAGACAAACCCUUGGAGCUGUGGGACAUCAGGACAGGGACACUUCUUCGAGAAAUGGCCAAGAGCUUCCCCACUGUCACUGCGCUGGAAUGGUCUCCCUCCCACAACCUGAAGAGUCUCAAGAAAAAGCAGAUGGCAGCAAGGGAGGCCAUGGCCAGGCAGACCGUGUCGGACGCAGAGCAGAGCAGUGUUGAGUCCUCAGUCAUCAGUCUCCUGCAAGAUGCUGAGAGCAAAUCAGAGACCAGUCAGGCCAUCUCUGCCAGGGAACACUUUGUGUUCACAGACACCGAUGGCCAGGUCUACCACAUCACUGUGGAGGGCAACACGGUGAAAGACGGAGCACGGAUCCCUCCUGACGGUAGCAUGGGCAGCAUCGCCUGCAUUGCCUGGAAAGGCGACACCCUGGUGCUUGGAGAUGUGGAUGGCAAUCUUAACUUCUGGGACCUUAAAGCUCGACUGUCCAGAGGGAUACCGACACAUCGGGGUUGGGUGAAGAAGAUCCGCUUCGCUCCUGGUAAGGGGAACCAAAAGCUGCUGGUCAUGUACACAGACGGAGCAGAAGUCUGGGACACCAAAGAGGUCCAAAUGGUCAGCAGUAUGAGGUUUGGACGCAAUGUGAACUACCGCAUCCUCGACAUCGACUGGUGCACAUCAGAUAAAGUUGUGUUGGCUUCGGACGACGGCUGCGUCCGAGUGUUGGAGAUGGCCAUGAAGUCGGCCAGUUACCGCAUGGAUGAGCAGGACCUGACUGACCCGGUGUGGUGUCCUUCCCUGCUGCUACCCCGGGCUGCCCUCACUCUUAAGGCUUUCCUUCUCCUGCAGCCCUGGUCAGGGACCUUCACUAUGGACAUCACUCAGGUAGAUUACAAUGAAAAAGUGGAGAUUAAAGGCCUGAUCCAGGAGCAGCUCAACUCGCUGUCAAACGAUAUGAAGAGCGUGCUUCAGGACUCGGAGCUGAGUCUUCUGCAGCGCUGCCUCCUGGUGUCACGGUUGUUCGGGGAUGAGUCCGACCUUAACUUCUGGACAGUGGCGUCCCACUACCUGCAGCUGUUUGCCCAGGCUCGUCAGCUAAGCGUGACCUCUGAAGGGGGGAGUGAAGAAACCCAGCCGCCGUCUCAGAACCACCUGGACAUUUGCCACGACAUUUUGUGCGAGAGUUCUUACUUCCAGAAGUUCCAGCUGGAUCGAGUUCACUUGCAGGAGGUGAAGAGGUCCAGUUAUGAACACACCAAGAAAUGUGCUGACCAGCUCCUCCUGCUGGGUCAGACCGACCGGGCGGUGCAGUUGCUGCUGGAGACGAGUGCAGAUAACCCCAGCUACUACUGCGAUUCACUCAAAGCCUGCCUAGUGACCACCAUCACCUCCUCGGGCCCUUCACAGUCUACAAUCAAGCUAGUGGCCACCAAUAUGAUUGCUAAUGGCAAACUGGCAGAGGGAGUCCAGUUGUUGUGUCUGAUUGACAAGGCGGCGGACGCCUGCCGCUACCUGCAGACCUACGGGGAGUGGAACCGAGCGGCGUGGCUCGCUAAGGUGCGCCUGAGCCCAGCAGAAGGCUCCGACGUGCUGAAGCGCUGGGCAGAGCACCUGUGCUCCCCUCAGGUCAACCAGAAAUCCAAAGCCAUCCUGGUGCUGCUGUCCCUGGGCUGCUUUUACAAAGUGGGAGAGAUGCUGCACAGUAUGAGGUACUUUGAUCGCGCCGCCCUCUUCAUUGAGGCUUGUUUGAAAUCUGGGGUAAUGGAGGCCAAUGACUCUUCCAAUAAACUCAUCGAGGCUGCGUUUCUGGACUUUGCACGGCUGCUGCGUUCGCUGGGCCUGCGGGAGGGCGCCGCUCUGUGGGCGUCGCGGGCCGGCAGCGCCGGAGAGCAGCUGAUGGAGGAGCUCUUCCAGGGGGAAGGUGGCGUUCCCGAAGCCGUACUUGGCGAAGACGAGGUGGAAGUGGGACUGGAGAGCACAGAGUGAGCGGGUGUCUAUCAGAACUCGAUCAUUAUGAAUGAACUCUGGAUCGGCAUCCGGGAGAUUCAUGCUCAUCACCUCUGCAUCUCUGAGGAGAGGGGAUGCGAGGCGUUUAUUCCUUGUGAGGUUUUUACUGGAAGCUACCUGCGUCUGUGGCUGUGAUGAGGUUGAGGUGAUGUAAACGGUCUGUGUGUGUAUGUGUGUGUGUUCAUGUGUAAAUGCAUGUAACGGCCCAAGAAGAAACACUUUGUGUCCCCAUCACCUCUUUGUCACUCCAUGUUGCUUCCAUUUAAAUCCCUGAAUGUUUGUUUUACAAAUGGUUACUUUCCGUGAUGGUUUUGGUGAUGUCAGAGUACUACUGUAGCUCUAUGGGUGUCACUGAAAAAAAUGAUCUCUGUCCUUUUGAAAGUGUGUUGUAGCGGUGCCCCAUGGGUGACUUUCUUGAUUCAUGAAUUGCACUUUUAAUUUCACACCUAAGACUUUAUAAUUUGAUUGGAGAUCUUGCUUUAACUGGCCAUGUGAUUAUGCACAAAUACACAAAAGCAACUUGUUCUUUGAGUCACUCACCAAAACCUGACUUUUCCUGAUUUGUCAGUUUGAUACGAGAACUGUCACCACAGUGAUGACGUGAAUUAGACGCAUGAUGUAUCUUAAUCCAUUCCAGUUAUCUUUUAGCAUCCUUUCGGCUGUUUCUAUGGACACUUGCAACAGUUUGCCAUCUGUGUUUUUGAUGUUACGGUAAUGACGUUUGCUACAAACAGAGCUAUCAAGCUGUUAAUCAGACCUCUGAAACGUUUAACCAGUCUGUGCUGCUUUCUGAAAUAAUCCCUUGCAUUCAUUCAUUCAUUCCACUUAGACCUUUUAAACUUUUGUCAUCUUACAACCGCAAAAUUAAUUGCAGUUUAUUGGGAUUAUACAUGACAGAGUAACACAAAGUAGCACAUGAUUGUGCAGCUGUGCAUAUCCUGAGUAAAGAUAUCCUGCACAGUUUUCUUAUCUAAAAUGCUCAAACUCAAUCAGAAGAGAAUAUCUGUGGACAUCUGUUUUCAAGUCCUUCAUACAGAUUUACCUCUGGACUUUGACAGGACCAUUUUGACACAUGACAUGUUGGUGAUCGCCAGCUAGAAGCUGAACUUCCACCCCAGUCCAAAGCUUGGUGAAGACUCUAAUAGGUUUUCUCCUUAUUUAUUCGACUCAAUCAUCUGUGGUCAGCUUCCCACAGCAUGAUGCUGCCACCACCAGAUUUCACUGUGGGGUAGGUGUGUUCAGGGUGAUGUGCAGUGUGAGUUUUCUGCCUCACAAGUGAUUUUUGAAGUCGACUGGUUCUGAUUUGUGCAAAUAUUUUUGCCUUCCACACAAUUAUGCACUAUUUAUAUGCUAAUCUAUCGUAUGAAAUCCCAAUAAAAUAGAUUAAAGUUUGUGGUUAUAAUACAACGACAAUAAAAAAGUAUAAGAGGUGGGAAUACUUUUGCACUGCCACCCGUUCUUCGCUGUCCCGCCUGGUUCUUUACAUGCUAAACAUAUCCUGAAGAUCCAAACCAUCAGCGUAAUGUUGCAAAGAUUUUAUAGUGUUUGUGAUUUAAAAAAAAGAAGAAAAAGAACAGUUUCUUACUUUUAGUGUUGAUGUGUUUCAUAAACACACCAGUGGUGUUUCAUGUAAUCCGUGCUACUGUAAAAAACUGGAACAGUGUUGCUAUGGUAACCCACGUCCACUGACUGCUCCGCCUAACACUACUCGUGAUUAGCUGUAGUGUAUCUUACUCUGUGUGAGGGCAUCGUGGAGACGUGUACUGGUCUUCUUUUCCUUUUGACGAAAUGUUUAACAACAUUCUGCUGCUUUUCUUUAUAUGUACAAUGAAAUUAUACUGCUGAAAAUCCUGGCACGUAGACAUGUCUUUAACUGUAUAUUUUCUAAGAAGAAGAAUCCAUAAUGUUUAUCUUUUUUUCUUUGUCUAUUGUUAAAAUCGUGAUUCUGAUGCUUCAUGGCAAGAUAAAGAAUUAUAUGUGUAUAUGAAUGGUAAUAAAAAAUGUCUUCAAGGUU